GAAAUACGGUUGUGGUACGACAGGAAAGCUACACUCCGUGCCUUCCGGUGUACGAAGCAGACGAAAGAAAUGAUCAAUUUUAUGUAGAGUAUUAUGAAUUGCAUGGUUUUAUUAUGAUUUCAUUGCUAUUUGCUCUAAUUAUUAUAGUCAAAUUUUCUUUAGAAAUAUCUAUUUAGACUGUGAAAUGAGCAUGCUGCCUCUGUGAACACUGCGCCGUAGUGUAGUUAUGUUCGGAUAUAAUCCGCCAAGAAAGGAUACAUUAUAGAAAUGGACUGUAUGUCAUGAUAUAGAAAUUUUGAAGUAAAAAUGUCAUUUGAAACUGUUCAGAGGUAUGUGCCAUUUCAUUUAUUAGUUAUUUAAUAAGGACUGGGAUGAAAUAAUAAUGUACAUAUUGUGAAAAUCAAGAAUAAUCAACAGGCUACAUGGUUACAUUCGUUUCUUGGAUAUGUGUUCUAAUAGAGUAGACUGGUAUUUAAGUUUUCAUAGUGUCUGUACACAUGGCUAAAAUAUUUUUAUAAGAUGGAUGGACUAUCAUUUGUUUAUUAUGUUAAUACGAUACGGGUUAAUCACAACACUCCCCCCUGUUUUAUUUUCAAAAGAAACUAAAAAAUAUAGAUAGUAAUUUCAACUGUUAUUACCCAUACAACUGGAAACUAAAAUUAAAAAAUAGCACUGUCUGCACUUAGAUAAACUAAAUUUUAUAAAACAUCACUCCGCCUGUUUUAUUUUCACGAGAAACUAAAAAAAUAUAGUAAUUUCAACUGUUACUUACCUUUCAAGUAGAAACUAAAAUUAAAGAACUGCACAGUCUGCACUUAAUAGAAACUAAAUUUUAUAGACCAACACUCCCCCUGUUUUAUUUUCAAGAGAAACUAAAAAAUAUAGAAAGUAAUUUCUUUUUUUUUGCCCAUACAACUGGGAGAUUCUUUCAUUUACGUCAGUUCUGAUCCAAGUGUAACGUUAACAAUACAGAAGAGACCACAUAUAAUUGUCAUGCCAAGACAAGUGUCGGGUAUACGGGUUUGGUAAGUAUCAGAGUUUUGUAAGACUAUGUACAACGUGGUGUUAUUACUGACUUACAAUAAGUGUUGUCAAGACUAGUAGUUUCAUAUUUGAUUCUCACAUUGCUUUUGUCUAGUAAAUGCAAGAAGAAAUUGUUUGCCAGAAAGAAAUAAUAUGUCAAACUUUGCCAGGGAUGAAUUGCUUUUAUGCGGAGAACCAUCCAUCUGGCUUACGGACAGUCGCCAUUUGCAUUGCAUAGGGGCACAAGCAGGUUCGUUCACACAUUCACUAUUUUAAUGCUGAUAUCCAAACUUUUUCCAUAAGGAAUGAGCACACUCCCAUAAAAAAUGCCCUUUCAUAGGAGAAAGUCAAACUUCAUUUACUUUGAUUGUUUUUAAAUGAAAUGAAUUAAAAGUUAAAAAUAUGGGGAAAAAUAAGGUCACCAAACCCUUUAACUUGACGCACAGAAGCCUUUCGUUUAAUGUAUAGUCCUGUCUGCAGUUUUAGCCUCUUAUUUAUGUGACAAAAAUAAUUUGAUGUAAACUUGUACUAAAUUACUUAUACGUUCAUAUGUCGUAUUUCCGGUUGUCCAAGUUCACGCUCAUUAAUGUAGUAUGUACAAAAGGAAAUAUUUGAACAUAUCCUUGAUCAGUUUAGAUACAAGUUGAUAUGACAGCUUCAGGUUUAGUAAACAAAAUACAUGUAUUGAUAUAGCUAUAAAAUUAUUCUUUAUUAAAAGCGCAAUUAACAUUCAGUAGAGUUGCUUUAAACAAUAAACCGGUUAUUGAAGAUCAAAACAGAAGCAUUCUUACCGAUGGCAAAAGGAAAGGGUGAAGUGGAUGAAUUUUGUAAACUUUUUGGAGCGUCUGCAAUUUACUGUGCCGUGAUUCUGCUGGUAGUUGGUUUAAUAGGAUUUGGUACGGCAAAAAUCGUUGUGGGGGCAAAUAAUCUGCAGAAUUGCAGUAUUGAAAAGCUUAUACCGAUCUGGCUUGUUGUAAGUGGACUGGCGCCUUUAAUGUUCAGCGGCUUCAGCUGCCAAGGAAAAGGAGAUAUCGAGACAUGCUGUCAACUUGUGUGUGGGUGUGUCGGAUUCCUUUUUAGUUUUGCCUGGCUUAUCUGUGGUACUGUGUGGGUCUACCCUAAUUACGGUAUUGUCAUGUCUAAAGAUUUCAAACUGUGCAAGGGAAAUGAAACAGUCGGGUGUUCAAAAGGCGACUGCGAUAAAAGCCUGUUGGGAUUUGCUUUCGCUAUGGUUACCAUAGAUUGGAUGCUUUUGCUUAUGUGGAUUGGGAUAAUAGCUUGGCUGAUAUACAGAGAUAGUAAAAAGUAAAGUUGCAAGACCUUAACUUGAUAAGGUGCAUUUUCUGCGCAAGAACUUUUCACAUAAAGAUAUAUUAUUGACUGUAGGCUCAAUCGGGCUAGGCCAAGUGGGUAAAAUAUACAAUUUAUUACAUUCCAACCAUUGUUAACGAUAUAUCUGAGGAGCAAACACCUCAAAACAAAGACACAUCUCCCAUUAUACUGAAUGUUUUGUUGAUUUACCUCUCGAGAGCAUCUAUCUCUUUAUUCUUUACACUGAACAGCAUUGUCAUUUGUGUUCGCUCUUGACAGGUUGCACUGUAUAUGUCAAGUUUGUAGGACGAUGAGAGAAAGCAGAGAUUAAUGUCUUUUCAGUUAAACCUUUACCCUGCUAAAUUUCUAAAAUAGACUGGACUAUCAUUCAAUUUGGGCAGUACCAUUUAUCAUUUGAAGGGGAGUUCUUUGAAAAUUUACUGACUAAACUGCGAACAAUGCAGACCAAGAUCAGUAGGUUGGUCAUUAGUCUGCACACUGGUCGCAAAGGCAGAAUGUCUUGCCGCCAACAGGUUAGAGGUUGAACUACUUUAUGUUUAUUAUCAAUACUGUAUGUGUUUUAUAUAAGUGUCAUUUUUCUGUUGAUAAAGCAAGUUACACUUUGAAAUUAAUGAAAGAAACUAAUUAUAGAGCUAGAAAAAAAGUAAUAAAAUCCCUUCAUAUGUGUUAACGCCUACGUAUAAUGUAUUAUUUUGAGACAAAUUGUAUAUUUACAUAGGUACACCAAGAAAAACAAGAGCUGUCCGUAAGACAGCAAAUGCUCAACUUUUCGAAUCAUUGUCCAAGAUGCAGGAAUAUUUAUCCUAAAUGUUAAAAUAUCUAUAGAGUUUCAACCCAUUGCAUUAGUUUUGGAGAUAGUAACUUGCAUGCAAAACUUUAACCAGAAGUUUUAAGUUCAAAAGGGGACAUAAUUUGGCCAAAAUGCAUGUUGGAGUUGAGGGACACGAAACGAACUUGCGCUAACGAUAUUCUAGUUUAAAACGCGUAAAACUAAUGUAAAUUAAUAUAUUGUCCAUCAACGUCAUUAUUUCCAUGAAAUUCUGUGUUGUUUUAUAUCAUUGACAUCGUUUUGUUUUGAAUCAUCCUGUUUUGAGGCCGUAAUACGUUUGUUUACGUUAAUUGGAAUGUCAGCAAUUUUGAAACUAGACCAUCUUGGUCGUUAAUCUAGGUUACUAGACAAAAUCACAGAAAAAGAUUGUUAACAUUCUAAGAUCAAUUUCUUUGACUGGAUCUCCCCGAAGCUAUUCGUGUCAAUCUUGAUCUUUCUACGCAUGGAUGGGUAUUCCAAUGACUUGGCACAAACAUUCGCCAUACAAGACAACAAUCUCGUGUCAUAUGCAACCAAUGCAUUAAAGGUCAAUAAUAAUAUUGUACUUAGAUCAACCAUGUUUUUGUUUGGGGUAAAAAGAAUAUACAAUAAAAAAUGCACUGUGAUAUGUAUAAACUUACAAUCAAUUAUUUACAA